AAGCUCUUUUAAUUUGGAAUCAUUCCCUUUGCCCUGGUUAUGCGGGAGACUCAUUGCGCGUGCGUGGCCCCUGUGUAGCACGCGCCGUUAUGCAGCAGCAGCAGCAGUAGUAUCAACAGUGUGAGAAGUGUGUGUGCCCGGCAACCGAAGGCACAGCAGAGGAGAGGAAAGAAGCAGCGCGAGUCUUGUAGGCAACCAUGGAGUCGCCAACUUGUUGAUGUUUUUUUUGCUGUCAUUCAGGGAUGUGAAGAUGCCGCAUUCUGUCAACUCCUUCUCGACUGACACCCUCAUCUCGAAAACCUCCCCUUUGGACGUCUUCUCUACCAGCGCGUGGCCUACAGAGCCAUACGCAGCAGACGGCUUCAACACCAGCAACAUCAGCGGGCUAGACGUCCUUCGCUGCACCUAUAAGGAAGACUUUAAACGUAUUUUACUCCCCGCUGUGUACACUUUUGUCUUCUUGCUCGGGCUUCCCCUCAAUGCCGCUGUCAUACUAAAGAUAUGGAGGACUCGGCCCAAUCUGUCCAAAAACAACAUAUAUAUGCUCAACUUGGCCAUUGCCGACUUCCUAUAUGUGAUGUCGCUUCCUAUGCUCAUCUACAACUACGGCAGUCAUGACUACUGGCCCUUUGGGGAGUUUGCCUGUAAAUUGGUCAGGUUUCAGUUCUACAGUAAUCUGCAUGGCAGCAUCCUCUUCCUCACCUGCAUCAGUGUGCAGCGCUACGUGGGCAUUUGCCAUCCUAUGGCGAUGUGGCACAAGAAAGGUGGUCGCAGGUUGGCGUGGUAUGUCUGUGGAGGGGUGUGGCUGGUCGUCGUCGCCCUGUGCGCGCCAACAUUUCACUUUGCUGCGACAGGAAUCCAGCGAAACAACACGGUGUGUUAUGAUUUAAGUACGCCAAAGAAUUCAGUAGACUAUUAUCCUUACGGCAUAGCUCUGACCUGCCUCGGCUUCUUGUUGCCUUUCGUGGGCGUGAUGGUUUGCUACUGUCGGAUGGCCCAGAUCCUGUGCCGCCCAUUUUCCUACCAAGGUGUCUCCAUGGCGACUGGGGAGAAACGGGACAAGGCGGUAAGGAUGAUUAUUGUGGUGGCGGUGGUCUUCUGCAUAAGCUUCCUGCCGUUUCACCUCACCAAGACCAUGUACCUGGUGGUGCGUACGCUGCCUGGCGUGCCCUGUGAGACCAGAAACUUAUUCUCAAUCAUCUAUAAAAGCACCAGGCCGUUUGCCAGCAUGAACAGCUUUCUGGACCCAAUUCUGUUUUACUUUACCCACCCACGCUACCGGCAGAGCACCAGAAGGUUUAUGCUCAAAGUCACCACCCUCAGGGACAAGGGCACCGAUGUGUGAGCCAACAAUAUUCUGCAACAGUGUUAAUUAAAGCCUUGCUGCUUUGUCACCGGUGGAUCCUAGGAGGCUGCACAGUGGUACAUGUGUUCAUUGCUGAGUUUCUUUGUUCAUGUUCUAAUGUAGGUCCUUUGUGCUUUUACCUCAUACUCACUGCAACAUAGACCCUAACCUCCAUAAAAGGGUCUUAAAGACAUUUAGAGGUACUGGCAUAUCAAGAAGACUUCUGCAAUGCAAAAUGAAGGUUUUAAUCUUGUCAUAUGAAA